UUAAAUAAUUAAUAACAAUAGAUUUUGUUGGUUUAGAUUCUAUGAUCCUAUAACACCUCUGUUAUUAUUAUUCAAAAUAUAAACUUUUUUUUUUUUGAAUUGAAAAUAUAAAUUUAUCUAUGGCUAACUAAGAAUUGGGCUUGUGGUUCCCUUGGGAGAGAAAAAGUUAAAGGAGCUCCUGGUGAAUAUGGUAGAGACUAGCUUGACCAAUGAGGAUACUAUAGAGGAGAAUGCAAUUGAGACUUGUACUCAUAUGAACAGACAACUUUAUCUAAGUGAUAAUAACAUAAAAGUUGGAGUUUCUAUGAGCAAAGCAGUUUCAAGCUUUAAUUUCUUGACUGUAAUUACCCUAAGUUAUACCAAUCUAGAGAAUGGAGGUGCUAUAGCUUUAGUAAACGCUCUCAAGAACUCUGUUCCAUCUCUUCAAGUUAUAGAAAUGGCUGGAAAUAACAUAACUUAUGAGGCGGCUCCAGCUAUCGCAGUUUUUUUGGCAGCAAAGCGACAUCUGAAAAAGUUGAACUUGUCAGAGAAUAAUCUAAAAGAUGAGGGAUGUCUUGAGAUUGUAAAGAGUAUGGAUGGUUUGGAGUUAGAAUAUGUUGAUAUGAGCUUCAAUGACUUGAGAAGAGAAGGAGCAUUGGGCUUGGCUCGUGUUGUUAUCAAGAAAGAAAGUUUUAAGAUGUUGAACAUUGAUGGGAAUAUGAUCUCUGUUAAAGGCAUUGAGGAAAUCAAAGAGAUAUUCAAGAAUUGUUCUAAGUUACUUGGACCUUUGGAUAAGAAUGACCCUCUUGGAGAAGAAAAUGAGGAUCAUGAAGAGAGUGAAGGCAAUAUGGAUGAUGAUGAUUUAAGAGAGAAUCUUGAAGAUUUUGAAGAUGAAUUUGUGAGUGUAUUUAUCUUUUAUUAGUUUGUAUUGUACUAAUAGAGAGUGGUUUGGAUGCUGAGUUUACUAGAAAUGCAGCGGUUUAUCAGAAGAUCAUAUGCA